ACGCCAAUGGAGUUCGGAUCGCAGGCAAGAGGUACAUUUACUUGUCGGGCAGCGACAAUGUGGUUCGCGCCAGGAAGGAGGUUGCUGGCCUGCACUGCGCCAAAACUAGCCAAGCGGUGAUAAUCGCGGUGUACGAGGAGCCGAUCAAGCCGCAACAAGCUGCGUCGGUCGUCGAGUCGCUAGGGGACUACUUGACCAAGUGCGGUUACUAGGAAGGAUUUGUCCGUCUUUUUGCAACGUCGACGUCGUCGUCCCGACUCGACUGUGCGUUUCUCUCUCUCUCUUUCUUUCUUUCCUCAUUCUCCCGUCUUGCUUUCUCUUUGUUUCUUUCUUUUAUCACCACUCGUUCUUCGUCAUCUUCUCCGGACGUCCGCCGACUGAAGCCCCGUCUGUUUUUCUUUGUUUUUUUUGGCUUAUUGCACUACUCGUCUUGAUGAUUUUCUUGAAGAAGAAGCAAAAAUACUGCCGCCGCAUUUACGAGUAUUUCGUGCCGGGCUCUUCUUUUUUCUUGCUCCUGUCUCCGUUUCCUGCUGCAGCGAAAACAUUUGUGUAACAUUACAACGGCGUGUGUCGAACGUUGGCUCAAAAGAAGAAAGAAGAAUGCGGAGGAGAUUCAAAUUUAGGAGGAUCCUUUUUUGUUUCUUGGCUUUGGAUUUUGGACGUGCGUUGAUUCAUUUUUUGCAAUAUGAGAGCGAAAGAAUGAGCGAGCGAGAGAGAGAGAGAAAGGAAAAGAGGUGUGGGGCAAAGUUGAAUUUCUCAUAAGUGUCGUCUCGAGUUCCAACCAACUUGUUUUGAAUUUUAGAGCGAUGAAGAAGAAGACGAGUGUGGGGAUCCCCUUUUUUUAAUAUUUAUUGCUUCGAGCAAAGGUUUUUUUUUUUCUUCCUCUCUGUGUGUGCGUUGCGUUUUUUUUCACAGGCUCGAGCCUAUUGUUGGUCUUUCAGGGACACGCUUGGGAAGGAAGAGAGAGAGAAAAAGUGAGUCUUGUCAUAGAAAAGAGAGGAGGUGGAAACAAUCUGGAAAAGGAAGGCGGCGUUUCUAGUUUGGUUGUCCCUGAAAGGUCGAGCAGGUCACGAUUUUUCCGCUUUUUUGUUUGUUUCGUGGGUGUUUGUGAGUGUGCGUGUGCCAAAAUUGUCUGCUUUGUCUGCUGCAUUUUUUUUUUUUUUUGUUUUCGCUUUGCGCGAAUGAGCGAGACUGACUGACUGCUUGUGUAGGCUCUUUGCAGCCCGGUGUGUGUCAGCCAUUUUUUUGAUUUCCCUGUACCGCGCGAUUUUUCCGUAACCUAGUGAAGAGGGAUUUUUAAUUCUAAGUUGGUAACGUUUUAUUUUUUGUCGAUUUGAUUGAUUGAUUGCCGCGUUCCGAUCGGAGUUGGUUGGGUCUUCCUUUUUAUUUUUCUCGGUUUUUUUUUUCUCUCUCUUUCAUGUGAUCUUCCAGGCAGUCAAAAAGUGUUUCGUCCAAUUUUCUCGCUGUUUUUCGUUUUUUUUUCUAAGUACUGUACUGUCAUGUAUGUGACUGAUGGAGAGGGGAAGAGUUGAGAGAGCAGUAUUUCUCUUGAGUCUGGGUAAACGUUUUCGUUUCUCUUGCUGCAAAAUUCCUUCUGUCGGUGAAAGAGAGCGGGGAGGGAAGUGAACGAUAAUCAAGCUUCGUAAAAGGCAUGAUAAAAGGCUGAGAACAAGUGCGGUGAAAAAUGAAGGGUCAUUUGUUGGCUUGAAAAAAAAAGGAA